AUGGUUUGUUUACGAUGCGGAGCCAGGGAAGAGAGGGGAACCCACGAAGGUGGUACCCCUCAUGGCACCAUCGAAGAGGCGUUGGAAGCGCACUAUCGAGGCGAUAAUUCUUCCUUCCACUCCACACAUCAGAACAUUCCGUCGCUGAAUCAUGGGUACCCGCUGGGAAGUUGGUUUCUCCUGACCAUAUUUCUGGUGGCUGGGCUGCUGCAGGAAGCGGGUACAGUCCCAGUGCCCCAGGUUUUCUCCAGCCUUGGGCCACUGAGUGGAAGAGCCCACACUUCUGACUCACUUUCCUGGGUCUCUGUGAAGAUCAAAGGCAAACAUGGGAUCCCAGACCACGACAUAGACAAGGCCUGGGGCACCCAAGACCUGGAACCUCCAGAGAAGGAUGACCAGCUGAGGGCACUCCUUCUUAUGCACAAGCAGAAGCUUUCAGCUGCAGAGGAAAAGCAUCCAGAUGUCAAGACCUUGGUGAAGACUGAGGACAUCUUGAGACAUUUUCGGAGCCCCCUUCUGAGUUCAGAGUUGGAUCUUGACAGUUUGUACCACCCUGUGUAUGAGGAGGCCCAGGGUGAGGAAGAGCCCCAGAUGUGGGAGAUGCUGUCUCACCAGGUGCUUCUGGGGCCAGAGGAGGACCUAGACCACAUCUCCCACCCUAUGGAGGACUCCAGAGAGCCCUAACCACCCUCAUACCUCUGCUUGAAGGCCCCAAAUACUGAGAUUGGUGACCCUCCAGCUGGAAAAAAUAAA